UAGUACGUGAAGGAGAGGUCAAAGACCGCUGGUGGAGCCUUCUUCUCAUGGCAGUCCCAUCACUUCCGCGUCUUCGUCUCUUCUAUUUUCAUAUUUUGCAUAUAAAUAGAGUGAGAGGUCGGGAUUCAGGGUACGCCAAAUUUUCUGUCUGGGUGAUUUUCUGCUCACUUUCUCGAGAACACAUUCGUUCGUUGCUGGAUUCGUUGAACUUUCCCCCCGAUAUUCUGCCUGAGAUUCGGUGAGGUGACAUCUGUGGUGGUUUUGGGGUUCGGUGAAGAUGGCGGAAACGUACAUGGAGACGCUGUUGGAGAAGAACUACCAUGAAAAUUGCCCAGGUUGUAAGGUUGAGCAGAUGAAGCACUCCCGCCGUGGAUUCCCUCUCUGGGAGCUUUUUAUCAUUUGGAUCAUCGUCCUCUCCACUGUUCUGCCAGUCUCCUCUCUAUUCCCAUUCCUUUAUUUUAUGAUUGAAGAUUUUAAAAUAACAGACAAGGAAGAAGACAUUGGCUUUUAUGCUGGAUUUGUCGGUUGCACAUUUAUGGUUGGCAGAAUAUUGACAUCUGUUGUCUGGGGAGUGAUGGCUGAUCGUUACGGUAGAAAACCUAUAAUCCUCCUUGGAACGGGUUCAGUGGUAAUAUUCAAUACUCUCUUUGGCCUAAGUCCAAAUUUUUGGAUGGCCAUCAUCACAAGGUUUUUCCUUGGAAGUUUCAAUGGUGUACUUGGACCUAUAAAGGCCUUUGCAAUGGAAAUAUUUCGUGAUGAAUAUCAUGUGUUAGCAUUGUCCAAUGUUACUGCAUCAUGGGGAGUAGCAUUGAUCAUUGGCCCUGCCAUCGGAGGUUUUCUUGCGCAGCCGGCGGAGAAAUAUCCCAGUUUAUUUUCCAAGGAAUCAAUUUUCGGCAAAUUCCCAUACUUCUUACCCUGCUUGGCAAUAUCACUCUUUGCUUUAGUGGCGACGCUAAUUUCCUUCUGGAUUCCAGAAACAUUACACAAUCACAAGUUUGAUGAUGUAUCACAUGACGAAUCUACUGAAGCUCUGGAAGCGGCAACACAUGAUGGAAAAGCAGAGGGAGACGAAGAAAGUUCUCUGUUAAAGAAUUGGCCACUAAUCUCAGCUAUCACCAUUUCUUGUAUUUUUGCACUUCAUGACAUGUCUUACACCGAGAUAUUUUCUUUGUGGGCAAACAGCCCCAGGGAGUAUGGAGGUUUGGGCUACUCCACUGCGGAUGUGGGUUCAGUUCUUACAAUUUCAGGUUUUGGUCUCCUUGUUUUUCAGCUUUCACUAUACUCUUACAUGGGGAGGCUAUUAGGACCUACAAAAGUGAUCCGUUUUUCUGCGGCUCUGGCUAUACCUAUCCUCGCAACUUACCCACUUAUAGCCAAGUUAUCUGGUUUCACCCUUAGCCUUGUGUUAAACUGCGCAUCCAUCAUUAAGAGUGCUUUAGGCGUGUCUGCUACAACCGGCUUGUACAUUCUUCAUAACCAAGCUGUUAAACAACACCAAAGAGGGGCGGCGAAUGGCCUCGCCAUGACAGCGGUGUCAGUUUCUAAAGCAAUUGGUCCAGCAGCGGCAGGCGCCCUAUUUUCAUGGGCUGAGAAACGUCAGGAUGCUGCUUUCCUUCCGGGCAUGCAAAUGAUUUUCUUCAUCCUGAACGCGAUCUUGGCCAUCGGAGUGGCUUUAACGUUCAAGCCGUUUUUAACCGUUGCUAAAUAGGAAACAGAGUGGAAUCUUGAUAACCAUGUCUUUGGACUCCAUCUUGAAGAAAGCUGACAUCAAUGCUCCAUAUGUUGUUUAGAUUCAUCUUAUGAUCCGACAUAGAAUACAGAUUCUUUAUGAACAAUCGGUCUUUUUUAUUUACUGUUUUUAGUUUUUAGUUCUGUCGGGUUGUAUGGUUCUUCAUUGUCCCAUUAUUCAGUCGACGUGGGGGGAAAACUAAUCAAAGUAUUCAAAACCAUUUCACUGCACCUGCAGAUUUCGAACCAUUUUCAUUACGUACAAGUUU